CGCGGGCCAAACGAGUAAGUAAACUCACUUUCACCGGAAUGUGGGGAAAGAACGAUACUGGAUGACGUGGGCAAGCAAGUCGGAGGGGAAUGGGGGAUCGCGGUAGCGAAGCCGGGUUGUACAUGGCUUUCCCAGCAUGUGUGUGUCGCUUAGCUCCUACGGUCAGUCGCUCGGUGGGAAAUCAUGGCAGCGUGUGCUCAGACAGGGUCUUCGUGCAGAAAUGGGGCGUCUCAACAGAUUGAGGGGUGUAUGUAUAUGUGUGUGUGAAUUACAACCCACCUUCACACACACACACACACACACACACACACACAUGCACAUAGAGUGAAGCAGAAGGAAGCGCGCGGAGGCGGGGGGCAAGUCAAGUUAGCUUGCA